CGCGGCUGUUUCGCCUCCCCAACAACCGCGUCUAAAUUUCAGAUCUCCAUCUGCAAGCAUCUUUUUGCCCCACCAUAAAAUGCUCACCCAAACAACAUAAACACACAACACAAUGACGAGUCUCAAAAGAUCACUUGCAGCAGAUCCUUACGCCUCAAAUAUAUCCAGUAAAGUCUACGUGCGAUCUACAAAGAGUGGCAAGGUCCAGAAAAUAGUCCGCGAGUUAUACCUACGGCAAGAUAUUCCCUGCUCAUCGAAGCUAUGUACGAGCUGUCUGGCUACGGCGCCGAGGGAUGCUGGUGGUAAUUUAACGCCUUUCGUACUCUCUGAAAAGCCUGACGGGACAAAAGUCUACAAACAAGGGCACUACCUCGUCCCUGAUACCAAUGCACUCCUCAACGCACUCGACCUCUUCGAACAGAACUCCGCCUUUUACGACGUUAUAAUCCUGCAAACCGUCCUCGAAGAGCUGCGAAAUCGCUCCCUACCCCUCUACAACCGGCUCAUCGGUCUCACGAAGAGCGAAGAAAAGCGCUUCUAUGUCUUCUUCAACGAUUUCCGGCUCGAAACAUACGUGGUGCGCGAGGUGGGCGAGUCGAUCAAUGAUAGGAAUGAUCGGGCGGUUAGGAGAGCGGUCAAGUGGUAUGGAGAGCACUUGAGGCAAGCUGUUAAGGAUGCUGGAGGCAGCGAGAAGAAAGUCCCCGCGGUGGUUAUACUAAGUGACGACAAGGAGAAUUUGAAGAAGGCGAAGAGGGAUGGUAUUGAUGCCUGCUCGUUAAGCACUUAUGUUGAGGGUUUGGAGAAUGCAGAUCAGUUGCUGGAUAUGAUCAGUGUGGUGAAGGAAGGCCGAGAAUUGAGGGAUGCGAAGGCGACGGAGAACAUCUAUGCAGAAUACUUCUCGGUCUCAAAGAUGCUGACUGGUGUCAAAAAUGGAACUCUACAUCAGGGUAUAUUUAAUGUCUCGCCGUACAAUUACUUGGAAGGAUCGAUAAAUGUUCCGGCUUUCGAUAAAUCGCUGUUGGUUUUGGGGAGGGAGAAUAUCAAUCGCGCCGUGCAGGGAGAUGUUGUGGUUGUGGAGGUACUUCCUAAGGAUCAGUGGAAGGAGCCUUCGACAAAGAUUAUUGAGGAGGACACUGUCAACAAGAAUGAAAAUGCUGAUGCGGAAGAUGGAGAGGCUGUGAUUACAGAAAAGGAACGGAGAGCGCUGCAGGAAGAGGUUAAGAAGGUUCACAGCAAAACGUCGGAGGGGAAGCCACAGCCUACUGCAAGAGUUGUGGGCGUUGUGAAGAGGAAUUGGAGACAGUAUGUUGGACAUGUCGAUGAGUCUUCGGUCAGUCAAUCAAUCAAACAGAGUCGGAAACAGCAGACUGUGUUCUUGAUUCCUAUGGAUAAGAGGAUACCUAAGAUCAGAGUCAGAACGAGACAGGCUGGGGAGAUUCUUGGCAAGCGGGUUCUGGUCACUAUUGAUUCCUGGGACAGAGAUUCAAGGUAUCCAGUCGGCCAUUUUGUCCGCUCGUUGGGUGAGCUAGAGACGAAGGGUGCUGAAACAGAGGCUCUCUUACUGGAAUAUGAUGUGCAGUACCGACCAUUCCCAAAGACAGUCUUAGACUGUCUACCAAAGGAAGGUCACGAUUGGAUUGUACCACCUAGUACAGAUGAUCCUGGAUGGAGGGACCGUCGAGAUCUUCGUGGCCUACAGAUUUGCAGUAUCGAUCCUAUCGGAUGCCAGGAUAUCGACGAUGCUCUCCAUGCUCGACCACUGCCCAAUGGCAAUUUCGAAGUUGGAGUACAUAUCGCAGAUGUGUCCCAUUUCGUCAAGCCAAACAAUGCAAUGGAUGCCGAAGCAAGUAUUCGUGGAACAACCGUCUACUUGGUUGACAAACGUAUUGAUAUGUUGCCAAUGCUUCUUGGUACAGAUCUUUGCUCUUUGAAGCCUUAUGUCGAGAGAUAUGCCUUUUCAGCCAUUUGGGAAAUCACCCCCGACGCGGAGAUUGUCAAGUCAGACUUCACGAAAUCGGUUAUCAAAUCUCGAGAAGCUUUCAGUUAUGAGGCAGCUCAAAUCCGGAUCGAUGAUGCUUCAAACAAGGAUGAGUUGACGAAUGCUAUGCGGACUCUCCUGAUGCUUUCCAAGAAAUUCAAGCAAAAGCGAAUGGACGCUGGAGCUCUCAGUCUCUCUUCUCCAGAAGUGAGAGUUGAGACCGAAUCUGAGACCUCGGAUCCUAUCGACAUCAAGACCAAGAAGCACCUCGACACGAUGUCUCUCGUCGAGGAGUUCAUGUUGCUAGCCAACACCAGCGUAGCCGCCAAAAUCUACGAGGCCUUCCCACAAACCGCCAUGCUCCGCAGUCAUGGCGCUCCUCCAAAAACAAAUUUCGAAGAGCUCGCCAACCAACUAAAGGUCAAGCGCGGUCUCGAACUACGCACUUCUUCCUCUAAGGAACUAGCAGACUCCCUAGAUGCUUGUGUUGAUCCCAAGGAGCCCUUCUUCAACACUCUCGUGCGCAUCAUGGCAACCCGCUGUAUGAUGUCCGCGGAGUACUUCUGCUCUGGCACACAGGCCUACCCCGAAUUCACGCAUUACGGUCUUGCGUCUGAGAUUUAUACGCAUUUCACCUCGCCUAUCCGCCGCUAUGCCGAUCUUGUAGCUCACAGACAGCUCGCUGCUGCCAUUGAGUACGAACCUCUGGAUGCUAGCGUCCGCAGUAAAGGCAAGCUCGAAGCCGUGUGCAAGAAUAUCAAUGUUCGUCAUCGCAACGCGCAACAAGCGGGCCGUGCCUCCAUCGAGUAUUAUGUUGGUCAAGCUCUCAAAGGGCGUAUCGUUGAAGAGGAGGGCUUCGUCAUGAAAGUCUUCUCGAAUGGCUUCGUGGUGUUCGUCCCAAGAUUCGGUAUUGAGAGUUUGAUUCGCUUGAGAGAUUUGGCGGAGACGGAGCCUGAAAGCACUUUUGAUGCUGAAGACUAUGUGCUGAGGACUAGUGGGAGUAGAGAGGUUGAGGUGGAGCUUUUUGAGAAGGUUGUUGUUAGGAUUAGUGACGUCAAGGAGGAGAGUACAGGGAAGAGAAAAGUCAAGCUUGAGCUUGUCAAGGUCGGUGGAAAAUAGGAGGUUGUGCAGCAUAUAGAGAUAUCUACCAUGAGUACUGUGAAGUAGACUAUGAUCUGACGCAGGUCUCUUAGAUCACUGCUCCUGAAGCCUUGCAAUACAAUUCACGACGACUAUUACGAAC